AUCUGCGGCCUGCCAUUUCUUCACACCGCCAUUUUCACGCCGCUGCGCUGUCCGACGACAGGCCUCGCGACGAGGUUGCGACAAACAGACGAAAUAAAUCAUUUUUCGUUUCUCUUGUAUUGUUAACGGCGCGCUGAAAUAAGAGUAAAGCACCUAUAACUUGAGUAUCGAUAACGUCGUCAAUAAAGCACACGACAGCAAUAUGGACUCGGGAGACGACGAUAUGUUUGCUAACAGCGAUGAGGAAAUGUCGCUGUCAACGGAAACUGCAAACGGAAACGGGAUGUCAAAUCCCGUCGAGGAGCAUUUGUUGAAGCAGCUCAACGAUAUCCAAAAUAGGAUCGAUACCACGUCAGAUGAAAUUUCAGAACUGAAAGUAACUACCGCACACGUUUUAAAUGCUUUACAACAGCGCGCGCUUUAUGGAGAGAAUAUCAGUUCGGAUUCUGGUAGUGAUCUAUACACUGUUGAAGGAGAACCUGCUGUAAAGGAGCAAAGAUGUAACAGCAUUAGUAAUGCCGACAAAAACUUGGAGAUUGUCUCACAAUGGCAGUAUAUUCUUCAGGAUAAGUGGAUUAUUGGAGUAGAACUGCAGAAUAGAUCGUGUUGCACGUUGCUCAACCCGAGAUAUUACCCAUACAUACGGGACGAGAUGGAGAUAUGCGGUGAGUCGAUGUUCUGGAAAUUGAAAGCAGAGAGCUACUUUCAUUGGGAAAAGAUCAACUUGAUCUACCCCGGCUCUGUUCACGUCGUGGCGACGAUGGUGCUCGAUCUACCGACGUUCGAUCGAGAAUCGGUCGUCGAGUACUGGAGCACGAUCUCGUACGAGAUCGACGAGAUACAAUAUCAAAUUCCAGUGCCGCCUAUUCAACUCACCAUCGCCGAAACGAUCGACAGCUCAUGCAUAAAGUUCUUAGAAGAGAACGAGCAUAGUGCAGUACUAGCUUUGAAAAGCACAUGUAACGCAGAGAGCAUUGUUCGGCUUUUGAAAAACAAUCAAGACGAAUAUGAGUCCUGGAAGAAACAAUUCUUUCAUUUCUUGGGUACAAAGGCGUUCGAAAGAGUCUGCAGUGACAUCUUUCUGGUGAAGGAGCACUUGUCUCUCAUGUAUUGUCUGAUCGAGAUACAAUCCAUCACUGUCAACGAAAUGAGCGUCAAGAUUUUUGCCAGAUCUGUCAGCCAGCUCAACGUAAUUUUGCAUCUUUUGCGAGACGAGUUUUCAAAGGAUGGCCACAACGUGAUCGUUGUGGAGGAGAUCGAUGACUACGUUGACGCUGCGACGGCUCUAAUACGCGAGUUGGAAUUAAUUCGCGACAAGAAGAGUACUCUCGAGAUACAAGAAGCAAAAGCAAUAACAGACUUGCUUAUUUCCUAAGUGCUUGAUUUCGUAACCGAAAAUAUUGCACAUUUUAAACAUUGUUAUAUCUAGUAUUCUUUUCGUUCAAUAGGCAAUAUGUAAUAUUGUUGUGCGUUGAUAUCUAAUAUCAUAUAUAAAUAUACAUUGUUGUAAAAAAUCGACAA